CAUAAGAUUACCUUUGCACAGGCCUUACUGACACAAUGCAUGAAUCUUAUCAAGAAAAGAAAAAGAGGUAGGUCUCACAUGAACUGAAGCCAUGUUGAAUCCAACGCAGUUCGUGUGCUUCAUGCUGGGAUUCCUGUUCGUGUUUGAUUGCUACACAACAUUAGUUCAAGCUGAAUCCACCCCUAUACUGCUGACCAAAGCUGACCCCCGGGUCCAGGUGUUCAGGAACGGACAGUGGGCAUACAUCUGCGGUAAUGGCUGGAACUCUAAAGAUGCGAAGGUCAUUUGUCGGAUGAUGGGAUACUGGCAGGGUACUGGCACUGCUCGGAUCAUCGCGUUGAGCGGUUCGGAGAAAUUCUGGCUCGACGACGUGGACUGCGUCGGCAACGAGACCGACAUCAGCGAGUGUGGCUUCCAAGCCUGGGGGAUACCGUCAUGUCCAGCUGGGGGAGUGGCAGGAGUCAACUGUGAGGUGUCGGCACUGCCCAAUGUCCGGCUGACCAAUGGGUUCGGACCAUGGGAAGGUCGUGUGGAGAUCUAUGAAAACGACAUGUGGCAGCCCGUGUGUUCAACAGGCUGGGACGACGAAGACGCUCAAGUCAUCUGUAGAGAACUCGGAGUUAGGUCCUCAGGUGGCUUUGCCCACACCGACGGGAAGUACGGUCGGAGUACCAACCCGCCUAUAAUCACGUCCUCCAAAUGUGUGGGAAGCGAAAGGGACAUUUCCUUGUGUCCAGCCAAACUGACCACGCCCUCACAGACAUCCUGUGUUCAGGCGGGGGUCGAGUGUUAUAAUUGUGGAUACCAAUAUUCAGGUGAGGCGGGCAUCCUGCAGUCUGACAACUACCCCCAGCCAUACCCUCGGAACGUCCACUGCCUCUAUAUCAUCCGUCCCACCAACACCGGCCAGCUGUACAAGUUGGAGUUCUCGGACUUCAAGACCGAGUCAUGUUGUGAUAUUGUACAUGUCGCCACACUCAACAGUUCCUCCAGCAUCCCCGUCGGUGGCUCCACCUACAGCGGCAGCGGCAAACCCCCCAUCCUCCUCGGCAAAGCAUUUGCCGUCAGCUUCGACACUGACGGCUCCAACAACAUGGCCGGCUUCCAAGCCAAGUGGAGCCCGGCUUUGGUGCAGGAUGUCGUCAACAUGUCGUGUGACGCGGGGACUUUCAAUAUCCAGAUUGACCUCACCUUCCUGAAGCGACUAUACCCAGCUUCCUCAGAGAGAACCAUCGCUCUGGCUGAUUCCUCCUGUACCGGCAUCGUCAGCAACGACAUCUUAAUCAUCAACACGAACGCCGAUUCCUGCGGGACAAUAGUCAAGACAGAGGCAGACAGACACGUCUACACCAACUUCCUCGUGGACAGAAUAUUUGCAACCGAGUCCAACGACAUUGUUCGAGGUCAGAGGUGGAAGAUACCCCUCACGUGCUCCGUGCCUCGUUCUGAAUCCUUCUCCAUCCAUUAUCAACCCUACCCGGAUGUAGGCCUGCGGAGAGCAUCAGACGUGGAGGUCCUAAAACGAAAUGUCAAAGCCACUUCGAUAGAGGACGUCAUCAACAUAUCGUGCAACAGUGGAUCAUUUAACAUCCAGAUUAAUCGCCAAGUCCUGAAGCAACUCUACCCAGCCUCCUCAGAGAAAACCAUCGGGCUUUCUGACCCCUUCUGUACUGGCACCAUACUCAACGACAACAUCGUCAUCACAUCUAAAGCAAAUACCUGCGGCACAAUGGUCAAGACCGAACCUGGGGAGCAUGUCUACACCAACUUCCUCGUGGACAGAAUCUUUGCUACUGAGUCAAACAACAUCGUCAGAGGUGAGAGGUGGAAGGUUCCCAUCAGCUGCUCGGUGCCUCGUUCUGAAUCUGUCUCCAUCAACUAUCAAACCGACAGAAGACGGAGUAAAGUAGCAGUGGAUUCUGAAGUGGAUCGUCUGAGGAGGGUAGUCGAAGGUCACAUCCGAGUCCAGCAGGACUUCCCGGUAACCAUAUAUGUCUACGAGGACCAGGCGAUGACGAUCAGACAGUACACAUCACCACAGAAGAGACUUGGGGAUGACCUCUAUUUCAGGGUACAGAUGGACCUCGCUGAUUCGGACCUGAAGCUGGUGGUUGGAUCAUGUUAUGCCCUACCAACAGCUGCUGAGACUGUCGGGACGAAGUACUUCCUCGCAGAAGGAGGCUGCGCAGUAGACAGUGGUACCCGCAUUCUCAGGACAACCAAUCACCAUACAGACUUUCCGAUGAAGGUGUUCAAAUUCUCUGGGAACUACAACACGGUGUACAUCACAUGUGACGUCAGAGUCUGCCCAGACACAAAUACCUCCACCGCCUGCCAACAGACCUGUCCAUCACGGGGGAAGAGAAGCAGUGAAAGAAACGCAGGGACGAACAGAGUUAAGUUUGGUCCUGUCACAGUAGAGGACCUGCCUGUCAACUGAGCCUGUUGUCGACGUGUGUCGUCGCUCCCGAGGUCGACUUUACAAAUAAAGAUGUUUUUCGUCAUUAUGAAA